AGCUCAAUUGUUGAUCAGAUCACAUCUAAGGGAUUUAGGAGCACAGAAGAGCCGAGAUUUGAGGAAAGGCAACCCACUGAAUCCACCCACACUCCUCCUCCUCAUCCACACCCACAUUACAAUACAGCUCUGACAGAAAGAAAUCAGAACGAAACAGAAAAUUAUCAGAUCGAUUUUCCUCUCGCCUGGCCUGCCUUCUGUUAAAAAAAGAGAAAAGGCACGAGAGAGAGAGACCCGAACCAGCUGGAUUUGUUCCGCCCUCACCCCACCCCGCUCCGGCUGCUCAGUUUCCCUCCUCCCCUGCCUUCUUCUUUUUUUCUUUCUUAAAAUUCUUUCCCCCAUUUUAUACUGCCGCCGCCGCCGCCGCCGCCGUGUUUGCGCCCUGGAGAUGUCCUUCCCCCAGCUGGGUUACCCGCAGUAUCUCAGCGCCAGCCAGGCGGUGUACGGGAGCGAUCGGCCCGGGGUGCUGGCUGCCGCUGCCGCUGCCGCCGCCGCUGCUGCUGCCUCAGGCCGGCCUGGGGGCGCGGAGCUGGGGAGCGGCUCGGCUGCUGUCACUUCGGUGCUGGGCAUGUACGCGAGUCCCUACAGCGCCCCCAACUAUAGCGCCUUCCUGCCCUACACCGCCGACCUCAGCCUCUUCUCCCAGAUGGGCUCCCAGUAUGAAUUGAAGGAUAAUCCAGGUGUCCACCCUGCUACCUUUGCUGCCCACACUGCCCCUGGCUAUUACCCCUAUGGACAGUUCCAAUAUGGGGACCCAGGGCGGCCCAAGAAUGCCACCAGGGAGAGCACUAGCACCCUGAAAGCCUGGCUGAAUGAGCACAGGAAGAACCCCUACCCCACCAAGGGCGAGAAGAUCAUGCUGGCCAUCAUCACCAAGAUGACCCUCACCCAGGUCUCCACCUGGUUCGCCAACGCCAGGAGGAGACUCAAGAAGGAGAACAAAGUAACUUGGGGAGCAAGGAGUAAGGACCAAGAAGAUGGUAACCUCUUUGGGAGUGACAACGAGGGAGACCCCGAAAAGAACGAAGACGACGAAGAAAUCGACCUGGAAAGCAUAGACAUUGAUAAAAUCGAUGAGAAUGAUGGGGAGCAGAGUAAUGAAGAAGAGGAGGAGAAAUCUGAGCUCCUGCGACAAAGCAGCGAAGAUGAACAUUUGGAGAAAGAAAAGGGUUUGUCAUUGUCAGCGUCUGAAGGUCUUAAACCCAAAGACUCUUUCUCUCUGGUAAAGGAGGCCUCUGACAACAGUACACGAAUCAUAAACCCCAAUGGACAGAAUAAUUUACAGGUGCCACCUCACAUCAAACCCAAGAUUUGGUCUUUGGCAGAGACAGCAACCAGCCCUGAUGGCGCCCUGAAGUCUUCCCCUCCUCCCCCUUCUCAUUCCCAGGUUAACCACACUUCCACCCAGAUUCAGCAUCCGGCUUUCCUCCCUAGCCAUGGACUCUACACAUGCCAGAUUGGCAAAUUUCACAACUGGACAAAUGGGGCUUUCCUCACUCAGAGUUCCUUGUUAAAUGUGAGGUCUUUUUUGGGAGUAAACCACCAUCAUGCCGCUCAUCAUAACCACCAUAUCCAGGCCCAUCAACAGCCUUCCGUGUUAACAGCAACUUUGGGAGCCCUAAGCAGUGAAAAACCUACAGAGAGGACCAGUCCCAAACACAUAGAAAGAGAAAAUGCACCAAGGACUGAAACCCCACCCCAGCAGUUAAAAUCGCCUUUCCAGCCUGUGCGUGACAACUCUUUGGCUCAGCAAGAGGGAACACCGCGAAUUUUAACAGCUCUCCCUUCUGCUUGAUUAAAUGGGUUGGUGAAAAAAAUAUUUCAGAGACUGGUAUAAAGGACAAAAAAUAUUUGAAACGAUAUAAACGACUCCCAUCAAUCUCUCUUUGCAAUAAGGUGGUGCAAAUCCAUAAAAGCAAUCAUACAAAUCUGUAGAUGGAUCCCCCUUCUCCAUUGUACCAUUUCAGAUCGUGUUACUCUAACCAUUCUUGAAUUAUUUGUUUGGUAAAUGUUUCCCAUGUGUUUGUGUUUUUUCUGUAUAUAGAGUGAUUUCAGAUUGUAUAUAGGGCGUC